CUAUAUAUGACAGUGAGAUACAUGGAACUUGUCCAUGCUGUAUAUUAGUUGUGCACCUAACCUCAACACGGUUUGGCUAAAAUGUCAAAGAAAAAGAAAGUAAAAUUUUACAAUAAAAAGAAAAAGCUACCCGAAACAACAAUAAUUGCAAAUCUACAAUCUAAAUAUGAUACUAUCGACGAAACGAAAAUAACAAAAUUUACAGAUCUUCCACUUUCAACAAAGACUUUAGAAGGUCUCACAGAAAAUAAUUAUGUUGAAAUGACAGAUAUCCAAAGACAAAGUAUCGGAUUAGCGCUACGUGGUUGUGAUAUAUUAGGGGCAGCAAAAACUGGCAGUGGAAAAACCUUGGCGUUUCUUAUUCCAAUUUUAGAGAUAUUAUAUUGCAAACGAUGGACAAGAUUAGAUGGACUUGGUGCACUUGUUAUUACACCAACCAGAGAACUUGCUUAUCAGAUAUAUGAAACGUUGAAAAAAAUUGGUCAUUAUCAUGAUAUUUCCGCUGGUCUUAUUAUUGGUGGAAAAGAUCUCAAAUUUGAAAAAAGACGUAUGGAUCAAUGCAAUAUUGUUAUUUGCACUCCUGGUCGUUUGUUACAGCAUAUGGAUGAAAAUCCAUUAUUUGAUUGUGUAAAUAUGCAGGUAUUGGUAUUAGAUGAAGCUGAUAGAUGUUUAGAUAUGGGUUUUGAGCAAACCAUGAAUUCUAUUAUUGAAAACUUACCUCCAAAACGGCAAACUCUUUUAUUUUCUGCUACACAAACAAAAUCUGUAAGGGACUUGGCCAGGUUAAGUUUGAAAGAUCCUAUGUAUGUAUCAGUCCAUGAACAUGCUGCACAUACCACACCAGAAGCACUUCAGCAAAAUUAUGUUGUUUGUGCUUUAGAAGAUAAAGUUUCAAUGUUAUGGUCAUUCAUACGAAAUCAUUUAAAACAAAAAGUUAUCAUAUUUUUUUCUAGUUGUAAACAGGUAAAAUAUAUAUAUGAAGUAUUUUGUCGAUUAAGGCCUGGUAUAAGUUUGCUAGCACUUUAUGGUACUUUACAUCAACUUAGAAGAAUGGAAAUUUAUAAUACUUUCUGUAGAAAACAAUUUGCAGUGUUGUUUGCAACUGAUAUUGCUGCACGUGGAUUAGAUUUCCCUGCUGUGGAUUGGGUUGUACAAAUGGAUUGUCCUGAGGAUGUAAAUGCAUAUAUUCAUCGUGCUGGGAGAACAGCUAGAUUUCAACGAAAUGGUGAAUGUUUGUUGGUUUUAUUACCGUCUGAAGAAAAAAUGGUUGAGAAACUUCAAACGUGCAAAAUUCCAAUAUCCAUAAUACAAAUUAAUCCAAAAAAAUUACAAUCUCCACAACGUAAAAUGGAAGCGCUAUUAGCAAGAGAUGUUUCAUUAAAAGAAACUGCUCAGAGAGCGUUUGUAUCAUAUAUAAAAUCAAUUUUCUUAAUGAAAGAUAAAGAGAUCUUUAAUGUUCAUGUAUUAAAUACUGAUUCAUUUGCAAGAUCUUUAGGUUUAGCUAUACCGCCAAGAAUUCGAUUCCUUCAAAAAAUGGAACAAAAACGACAAUUAUCAAAUAAAAAUACUGAAGAGAAAAAACCACUUGCUGUUAAUAAUGAAUUAAAUGAUAUAAAUGUAAAAAUAAAUGACUGCGAAGACGAUGAACAAGAAAUUAAAUCUCAUUCGAUGAAUUCAAUUGAUUUUACACUUGAUGAUAGUGAUGAUGAUAUAUUGACCGUGAAACGAAAAAAUAUAAAUCUUGAUGAUGUACAAAUUGCUACCACUGGCAAACAAGACAAAGGUUUAAACAAAAAGAAAGCAAUUACUAAAGCUGCAGUAGCCAAAAAAGUUCUUCGAAAAAUGAUAGUACCAAAUAAAAAAAUUACUUUCGAUGACAAAGGAGAGGAAUUGCUAAACCCCUCUAAACAUAAAAUUUCUGAACUAGCUAAGCAAUAUGAAAACGAAGAAGAUUGUGGAAUUAAUAUAGAAAUAGCUAAACAGAUAUUACACGAAGAAGACAAGUUUGAUAAACAACGUUUUAGAGAAAAAAUAAAAGAAAAACAUAAAGAAGAAAAACGAAAAUUAAAAGCCAAUAAGAAAAUAGAUAAUGAAAAUGAUCAAGAUGAAACUGAGGAUAAUAUAAAUGACUAUACCAGUGAUGAUGAAUAUAGUGGUCCAGAUUUAUCUUGGUUGCCAGAUCCAGAUAAAAUCUAUGGCAAACAAGAGGAAAAUUAUCCAGAAACGCAGGAAAGUGAAGAGGAAAGCAAUAUACAUAGACCAUCUAAAAGGAAACUCAUAACGCAAGAUGAAUUCAAAAAGAAAAAGAAACGAAAAUCAUCUCUUGAUAUGGACAGUACAGAUUUAAAAGCAGAUGAGGAAUUUGUAUUACAACUUCUACAAAAUUAAAUUAUGUAUAUAUUAGGGUUUUAAUGAUUUUUAUAUAUUCUAUAAUACAAUAUUAUUAAUAGUAUUAAGUAUUUUUCACUAUCUAAAUAUUUUGUAAAUGAAAUAAAAUAAAUUAAGUCCACUAAUAUAUCGUUCAGUAUAAAUCAUUUUUCCAGAAAAUUACCAUGAGACUAUAAUUGUUAAAGACAUGUAGAAACAUAUAAUUGCAAGAAAAUAUAUUUCAAUGAGAUGUAAGUAAAAAAAUUUACAUCCCAAACAUGUCUUGUAAGAAUAAUUACAAUAUUUAAUCUCUACUAAUACUAUUUUGCUUACAAUAUAUAUUUUACAAAUUUCGAACUUGAUGAAUAAUUCAAUGAUGUCAUUAUAUUACAUAAAAUAUUAUUAUAGUACAAGUAUCAAAUGUGUCAUUUUAAUUAAAAAUUGUUUCAUAUAAUUUUGUGCGAAAUACACAUAGAAUCUUUUUUAAGGAAAGAAGUAAGAUAUAGUAAGAUAUAGUUAAUGCUGUCAAUUGCAAUAAUAUUUCAUUAUACCAAACAAUAGAUAUUCUUUCUAAAAAGCAAAAUUAAAUAUAUACGUAUAGUUCUAGAUUAUUAUAUCAGUUUUUAACAUGAUAUAUUUUAUCAGUCUUAAUCAUAUGCUGUUUUAAUGUGUUUCAUAAUGGUAUCAACAACUUCUCUACUGGUAGCUUGUCCACCAAGAUCACGAGUAUGCACACCUUGGUUUAUAGUUUUAUUGAUGGCAUUCUGAAUUAAAGAAGCAUGAUGCUUAUGUCCAAGAUGACGUAACAUAUCAACAGCAGCAUUUAACAUUGCAAUAGGAUUAGCAAUAUUUUUUCCGGCAAUACCUGUACCAGUGUUACGAGUACCUGGUUCGAAAAUUGUAUAAUGAUCACCAAAAUUUUUGCCUGCUAAUAAUCCAGCACCACCUAAUAAACCACAUACUACAUUUGAUACAAUUGCUCCAUAUAAAUUGGUUGUUAAUAUUAUAUCAAAUUGAUGUGGAUUGGAGACCAAUUGCAUACACGUAUUAUCAAUAAUCAUAUUAUUAUGAGUAAUAUCUGGAUAAUCUUUUGCAACUUUUUUUGAUAUUUCUAAAAACAACCCAUCAGAAAGUUUCAUUAUAUUUGCUUUAUGAACUGUGGUAACCUUUUUUCUUCCAUUUCGUUUAGCAUACUCAAAUGCGUAUCUUGCUACACGUUCAGAAUUAACACUUGUAAUAACCUUCAUGCUUUCUACAACACCAUUGACACUUUCAUGCUCUAACAUAGCAUAUUCUCCCUCUGUAUUUUGUCUAACAAUAACAAUAUCAAUAUUUUUAUGUCGUGAAUUUACCCCAGGAUACGAUACACAAUGCAAGACAUUUACAUAAAGAUCUAACUCGUUUCGAAGAGCAACAUUUCGGGAGAGUACACCAGCUUCUGUACUACGAGUUUCGAUGUUUCCUUUCAGUGCUACACCAUUCCUACGAAUUGAUGUAAUAGCAUAAUCUAAAUCAACGUUAUCAUUUGCAUUUGGAUCAAUUUCUACAUCCUCAAAAUCUACUGGUACACCUGCAUAACUAAAAACCUCUUUCACAUAGUUCAUCAAUUCUGGGCCAAUUCCAGCACCAGGCAAAAGGGUAACUGUAUGUCGUCCUCCAUAAUGGGCUUUUGGUAUGGGCAUUACUUUUUUGAUAGUUGGGGUUUUGUGUUGUAUUUCAAAUGCAGACAACGAUGCGCAUCUGUGAAUUUGGGGUACAACAGUUUUCGGACGUAAAUAUUUAAUAACGGAUCGUGCAGCCAUUUUAGAUAUUGUUAAUGUAAAUUAUUUUAGAAUAUUAAUAAUCAAAUACUAUUCUUUAUAAAAUGUUAUACGUUAUAAUUUUUGUAAAAGCUAAAUUAAGCUUAAUUAAGUUUUGAAAAUAAUUAAAAAUAUCAAGAAAUUUAAAUACUUCCAGAAAUAUUAAUCGAUUCGAAAUAUUUAUUGAAUUGCAAAUCAAAGAUCA